AUGCUACCAACGACUGCGGCAACUCCAUCAGCACUGCCUUCGGCGACUAUGGUGGCGAGGAUUCCAUCAGCACCUCUGUUAUGGCUCUUUUGGUCCUCAACGAGGUUCUCCCAGGUGAGCUUCUCAGACAAGUUCUUGGGUGCCGCUCCAGGUUCUUUCCUCACCAAAGUGGGGAGAGAAAAGAAGCGCCAAGUAGUAAAAGAGUUAGAUCAACGGUUCCAACAACAAUUUUUCAAAACGUUGGCGGCGGCAGCAGCAAAUAAUUUUCCGAAGGGUCUCAUGGUGAUGGUGCUCAAGUCCGAUGAGUGGGUGAGAGACAGAGGGAGACAGAAAGGAACUUGGAAGCAUCACUUUAUAUUUAUCUAG